UUUUUCUUUUUCCUACACUGCUGUUGUUAUAAAAUGCAAUGUAGCAUAACUGCAGCGCCAAUAGCUACAUUAUUGUAAUAACGGAAUAACGAAAACUUCUGUAAAACGGUGUCCUCUAGAACCGAGAAUGAAAUCUAAAUGACUGCAAUGUGAUGAUAACAUCAAAUCGCUUUGUUUUUUUAUUUUUAUUUUUUUAAAGAUUUUUAGAUAGGCCAUUUUAUUAUUAUUUAGCUUGCUAGGUGGUCUUUGCGCGCUGUAGGCUGUAGGAAAAUGCAUUUAUGCUCCGCGUGGAAAUACAGCUAACUUUUCUUCGUUCUGACCGUGUUUUGAUAUUUUAGAGUUCCGUAUUUGUCGUGAUGAAAACAAAUGUAUAGGCAAGUCUCCACAUAGGCAAUAGCAACUUUCUAGCCAAGCGUAUCAGCAUAGGCCAGAAUCUCACUAUUAAAGACAAUAAUGUAAUUCGGUGGAGGGAAUCGCUAAAUAGGUGUGCUUUAUUGUGGAAUAAAAUAUUUAAUAAACUAUUUUUCCAUACAGUAAUUAAGCCUGUUACGACGAAAACUUUAUUGUAUUGUUCAACAGGUCAUUUUAGAUGUCUGCGUAAUUUUUAUUCUGAUAGGGUACAUCAAGCGACUUGGUAUCCUACAGCCAAGGUCAUUAUGCCUAACGAUCAAGGUGAAUGAGGCGUGGUUUCUGUAGCUGCACGUUUUUGUCCAGUUCAUAUUUUACUCGAUUACGGAAUAUUUGCGUUUAGCAGUCGUUAUUCAUUCAAAUAUCCACCCACGUCCGCAAUAACAAAGCAGGAAGUGAGCGGCGAAAGAUCGGGAACAAAAUGAUGCUCAGCGGGAAUGCCUUAAAUUGCACGGAGUGCCAGGCUGACGGCUGGACUGGUUGCGAUGGUGUAGUAAAUGCAUGCGCGGCUGGACAGAAGUGUGUGUCAGCAGCAUCUGAACUUACUGAGAUUGAUUACAAUAAAGAGAAGCAUGUCACCAAGAAGGUUACCAGAUCAUGUGCCGAUGCUGGUUUUUGCAAUACGGAAUUGUCCUUUAACUUCAAACAUGCUGCCUGGAAGAUAAGAACUGGGUGUGACCAAGCUGAAGGGCCCGCAAUAAGCCCGGAGGCCAGCCAGAACGAUCGGGAGUGUGUGGGCUGCAUCGCGGUGCCGUGGCUGUGCGAUAAGACCGUCCACUGCCGUGGAGAGGAGGUCAUGUGCAUCAAAGUCGUUGAGCGGGUGGCGGGAAACAUCAUGGUGAGCAAGGGAUGCGCCACCCGGAGCGUGUGCAGGCAGGGCGUGAACAUCUCGGACGUGGUGGGACCGGUUCUGCGGGGGGAGGUGUUCUGCUGCGAAGGUAACCUGUGUAACGGUGCCGGGGGCGACGGGCACGGCGUUCCCCUCAUUCCUCUGAUGGCGUUUCCCCUGCUGGUGUUUCAGGUCUUUGCCUGAAUGACACACCCGUGUCCCAUCAGCACCCUGGGGCCUUGCAUUUCUCCCCUUCAGUGUUUAGUGAAUUAUGUUUCUGUACGCCAAACGACUGGCCGGCAGAACCGGUGGUUUGGCAUUAGAGAAUAGAAGUCUUACUGUUUUUUUUUUUUUAAAGAUCAUUAUUACAUUUUUUUAAAUUUUUUAUUAAGUUUUUUAUUAGUCAAGGACCUGGAAUGAUGGAACACUGCCUUAUAUUGUAGCUGCCUUGCAGGCAAACACUCAUCAGACCCCUGUCUACCCGCCAUAGCUGCCUUGCAGGCAAACACUCAUCAGACCCCUGUCUACACGCCAUAGCUGCCUUGCAGGCAAACACUCAUCAGACCCCUGUCUACACGCCAUAGCUGCCUUGCAGGCAAACACUCAUCAGACCACUGUCUACCAGCCAUAGCUGCCUUGCAGGCAAACACUCAUCAGACCCCUGUCUACCAGCCAUAGCUGCCUUGCAGGCAAACACUCAUCAGACCACUGUCUACCAGCCAUAGCUGCCUUGCAGGCAAACACUCAUCAGACCACUGUCUACCAGCCAUAGCUGCCUUGCAGGCAAACACUCAUCAGACCCCUGUCUACCUGCCAUAGCUGCCUUGCAGGCAAACACUCAUCAGACCACUGUCUACCAGCCAGUGUUUUCCACAUCGGCACUCCAGCGCUCUGCCAGCCGCCCUCUGUCUUGCAUUUCUCUCACAGCUGAUUGCAACCUGUUCUGUCUCGCCUCCACUGUUCACCGACAGAUUGCUGUAGUGUCCUGUUACUCAAAUCACAGUCCUUGGCCCUGUUCAGACCUGUACUUUGUAUCCAGAUACAUCUAGAUUGUGUCUAGAUUCAGUCGAGACGGAUGUCAGUUCACACCCGGCAUCAGAAUGCGUAGCCUCCACGUGUGUCUCGAGUGACCACUUGUGAUCGGAUCUCACUUCCCCGCUCAAUAUGCAAAUAAACACGUACAUCAUUUCCGUUUGCAAAGACCAAAUGUGCUGGUUAAAAACAACAUUUCACGUCGUUCAGUGUGGCUUCUUCUUGUUGUUUCGCACUUUAAUAUGACGCCAUUGGCGUGCGAAUGAGAACGUACUUCCGCUUACGCAGAGGACGUCAGUUGACUAGGCGGUCCUUCAGUGUGGCCCAGGACGCACUCGUGUACACACUGCUAAAAUAAUGUGGCCAUAUGCAACCCAGACCACCUCCGAAUGUGGUCUGAGUGGUCGGAUCUCAAUGAGUCCUCAAUGCGUCAUCAAUGCGUCCUGGGUGCGUUCACACCUGUAGUUAGCGCUGUCCACUUGUGAUCGGAUCACCCGAGACGCAUUUUAAUGCCAGGUCUGAACAGGGCCCUUGAGGGCUGAAAACUGCUGGUUUUCCACCCCUCCCUUUGCCUGGAAGUCAGGUGUGAAGACAGCCAAUCACCAGCAAUUAAUUGUUCUUAAUUGUUCGGUUAAUUACAUGGGAGAAAAGAAAACCAGGGCUGGAUUUUGAUUUGAGGGCCAGACUUGGGCCUCCACGCUUCACUGCCAAUUGGCUGAACACUGGCGGGUAAACAGCGGCUCUGGUGGUGGACUGCCAGUGGCCACUAGUGUUUGUGGGCUGGGUGCCCUUUUUUUAAAAUUAGUUUUUAAAAUUAGAUUUUCUACCCCAAAGAAGGACAGGAUGGUGUUCCUGUAGUAUACAGUUUCCCAAUCUUUUUCCUUCCGUGGCACACUUUCCAAAUUUACAGAAUCUCAUGGCACACCACUCUCAAAAGCAUACAAAAAUAAACACCCUGCAGCCCCAUUAAAACAUUUUUUAAAAAUGUAAAGGAUUUUUCACACGGCACACCUGACGGCACACCGGUAGGGAAACGCUGGUAUACAGUAUCGAGUUCUGCACCAAUAAAGCCCUGAUGACACAGAUGCUGUCUCUUUUUUUUUUUUUUGGCUGUCUUUCACAAUAAUAGCACUUUUAAAUAUUCACCAGGGGAUUUGAAUACUUGCCCUCACUAUGUGGAAACUGGGAACAGUUAGUUCCUUUCAAAGUAGGCUGCUUUUCAGACAAGUGUGGACAAGUGCAUGGGCCGCAAAGACUGUAGUUCUCAGACCGUCACAGUCAGUAGCAGGUAACACACCUCUGGUAACCCGACCUUCGUCUUGUCAUUCAGAUAUUCUCAGAAGGUGAGUCACGGUGGGCUGAAUGGCCUGUUCUCGUCUGUAGAUAUUUGAAUAUUCAGACAAUUCCAAACAAAAAUUAACUGCUUGAGGAUGACAGUCCCCCAGGUCCAUGUCCUCCACUCAUUUCAACAGAACCAAUGUACUGUCAAUAAACGACAAAAAGUGAAAAAAAUGAUUAAUUGUAAAAAACAAAAAACACAUUUAAUUGUAUGAAAUGUGCAUUAUUCCAUGGUGUCCGCUUUCCCACUGUGAAAGAGCUCACACUCCCAAUACUGACGAAAGUCACCUGUCUGAGCGGGCCAGAAAGUCACCUGUCUCUGAGCGGGCCAGAAAGUCACCUGAGCGGGCCAGAAAGUCACCUGAGCGGGCCAGAAAGUCACCUGAGAGAGCCAGAAAGUCACCUGUCUCUGAGCAGGCCAGAAAGUCACCUGAGAGAGCCAGAAAGUCACCUGAGAGGGCCAUCUCUUCUGUAUCUACAUCCUAUUUUGUGUAACCUGACUGUCCAAAUAUUGCAAUAACUCAUGCUGACCCAUCUCUUUUUUUUUGUACUACAACAUUAUUUUAUCUAUGGCUCAGGUAGACAAUGGGAGAGAUUAAAUGAAGACCAGAGAUUCUGGCCACAUUACCUUUUCACUGAUAAUUGUCUAAUAGUGAAAAAAUAGCCUGGGCCCACAGAUGAGUUUAAUUUGAUAAACAUCAAAAAAUUAUUUUGGUAUUGAAUUUGCAACAGACAGUUCAAUUUCAGAGUGAGACUGAAUAAACCAUUAAGUCAAACCUGCAGUUGAUAUAGAUGUUUUACAGACCUCUUUUUUAUGAUUUAUACAUCCAAAGUGCUUGUAAUAAGAAGCUGAAUGAAUUUAGAACAAAAUAAAAUGUGGAUUUGUGGUUUACUCUCCGGGAUGGCAAGCCCUGCAAAAGCACUGUCUAACCGUGUCUAAUCCUAACCACGCCAGUGCAGAAAACGGCCAGUAUUCGAUCAUAAUUGGAAACAGAAUGGACCGGGCAGGUGGAUCUGUUUCAAUCAUGUAAGUGCAGUUUGCCUGCAGCUAUCUCUGAUAGUUGUAAAAGCUUAAAGUGGACUGAAGAAUUUGCCAAUUACCAUGCAGAUACAUGCACACUGGCUUUUUAAGCUGAAAAAAAAACACUGCCACAUCAUACUGGAUCUAAGGUUGCGUUGAAUUGCUAACUAAAUCCAUAACUGCAUUUAUACAGUUAGUAGAAGUAUGUUAUCCAGAGCAAUUUACAGUUUUUUCAAGUUACAUUCCAAAAAAACAAAAAAAAAUUGUUUCUGUGCCUAGUAUCCAGGUGGGCAUGUCCUGGAUGAAUUCAGAAUAAGCACCUCACUGAAAAGUAGAGCACCAGAGUCUUACUACAGAAUCAAACCUGCAACCUCCAUGGUAUAUAAUCCCACCUUCCUAACCAUUAUACUACAUUGCCACCCCUGGAUUUAAUUACAGUAUACAUGUGUGCACGUUUGCAUUGUCUGUGUGCUAGGCCGAAUAUCAGUUGUUUGGCUUAAAACAUAUGCAGCUAUAGGAGUUUGUAUGUUGCACUUAGAAAUGAAUGUAAUAAUACUCACUAGAUUGUGCUCCCCGGUCUGCACUCUGUAUAACAGGGAGUAUGUUCACACAACCCUGCAUAUUAAAAAAGAAACGUGUUACCAGUGUAGAGAGCAGAAUCGAUUUUGCCGGAGUUGAUUGAACACUGAAUGUUUUUGCUGUGUGGUGACGAAGUACUGUGCGGUGUAUAGCUUGCUUACAGAGAGGUUUCGAGUAAUACUUUGGCUGAAUACUAAGGCCUCAGUGUGGUUUUGACCGCUGCAGUGACUGCUUUGCAAUACUAACUGUAAAAUGUGUGUGUGUCGUUUGUGUCCAUGGCUCUCUCAUGUUAACUGUGUAAUAAAUCAGUGUGUAUUAAAUCAUGUUGCUUUAA